AGAGGCCUAGCGACGGCGAGACCAGAAGCAGCUAAGCAACAGCGCGCGGCGGUGCGGUUCCACAGCUGUGUGCAGGCCAGAAGCCCCACACUGAGCCACCCUGCCCGCCGCUUUAGCCUUACAAUUUACUCACAAACACCUUUUUUCUUUCUUCCUUCGAGCUUUUAUUGUUCGAGUGGAAACGAAGAGAAGCGGGCAGUGUGUGAAUAAAGAAGCGAGGAUGUUGGUCCCCGCGGGGAGAUAAUGAAGAGGCUGUGUGUGUUGGUGCUGUGCCUCACUGGAGCUCUCCUGUCCUGGUCUCCCAGUCGUCAUGUCCAAUGCUCAGAUCAGCCGUCUUCAGGCCCAGAACUCGGUGCACAGGACGGUAGCCCACACACGGCACAGGAGGAGGGGGCGAACUACAAGGUUGAGGAGGAAUGGGAAUCACAGGGAUCAUCUAGCGUGGAUUUGGAGACGGAGAGAGCUGCACUAGAGGAGCAACUUGUUCAAGAUGCAGCAGAAGACAGCAAACCUGAAAAGGCCGUGAGCAUAGUCGAGCAGGUGGUGGAAGAGGAACAAGUUGUGCCGGAAACGCAGCAGCCAGAGGCGUAUCCCAGCUCUGACCAGCAAGAGCCUGCUGAAGCACAACCCCCGCCGUUGUCGUCAUCUCCAUCAUCGUUACCAUCACCUCCAGCACAACAGGUGGAGGCAGAGAUCCCGAACGUUUCACCCUCGCCGGACCACAUUGCUGCUGCUGGUUCUUCUUCUUCUCCUCCCCCUGCUGAACCAUCGUCAGAUAUCCAGAUCAACCCAAACACUAAUGCAGACGUUAGCGCUGACUCCGGGAAUGCACCGGAACCUGCGUCGCCUACCUCACACACCUCCCUGGAAAGUCCCUCCAGUGUAUUGGUGGAAUCAGUAGAGAAUCAGGAUCCAGGGACCGAUGCUGACCUGACUGCCUCUCUGGAUUCGGCUGAGCCGGUCCUCGCAGAGCCAGAGCACACAGUCAAUGCCUCACACCCCUCAGAGGACCCAGUCAAUGCCUCACACCCCUCAGAGGACCAGAAGGUGGUGGCUGAACCCGAGGGAGGGACUGAUCCUCCUGUCCCUGGUAAAGAGGACAUUCCCACAUUUGAUGAGUGGAAGAAGAAAGUGAUGGAGGUGGAGGAGAAGAAAAGUCAGUCUUUGCACACCUCAUCCAGCGGCAGCCCUCACCCAGUGAAAAAGAUCCAGAAGAACUUUAAGAAUAAUUACGCCUCUGUUGAGUGCGGGGCCAAAAUCCUCUCAGCCAACAGUGAGGCCAAGAGCACUUCUGCCAUUCUACUGGAGAAUAUGGAUCUUUACAUGCUCAACCCUUGCAGUAAUAAGAUCUGGUUUGUUAUUGAGCUCUGUGAGCCGAUCCAGGUGAAGCAGCUGGACAUUGCAAAUUUUGAACUCUUCUCCUCCACGCCAAAAGAUUUCCUGGUGUCAAUAAGUGACAGAUACCCAACCAAUAAGUGGAUCAAGCUCGGUACCUUUCAUGCGCGUGAUGAGCGCACGGUGCAAAGCUUCCCCUUGGAUGAACAGCUGUAUGCCAAAUACGUUAAGAUGUUCAUCAAGUACAUAAAGGUUGAGCUGCUGUCCCAUUUCGGCUCUGAACAUUUUUGCCCCCUUAGUCUAAUCAGGGUGUUUGGUACCAGUAUGGUGGAGGAGUAUGAUGAGAUUGCUGACUCUCAGUAUCCCUCAGAGAGAGUAGAGUACUUGGAUGAGGAUUAUGACCUCCAUUUCUUAGAUUAUCCUCCAGGAUACCUUCCAUCUGAAGACAAGGCAUCAAAGAACCUUCUGGGUUCUGCAACAAAGGCAAUCCUAACUAUGGUUAACAACAUUGCUGCAAAUGUCCUCGGGGGGAAGCCAGAGCUUGAAGAUGGCACUCAGAUGGAAGGUAACGUGUCAUCGGGGAUCGAGAACGUCACUGAAGUCACCGAAACUAUGCUCACGCCAACCCCGACACUCAUGCAGCAACAAGAAACGCUGCACACUCCAGAGUUGGAUUCAACAGUGGUGAAGCUGGAUCCGGACGUCCCUGUUCCCGAGUCUCCCUCUACUCCUUCAUCUGAGGAGAGUCGCAUCGUCAUCCUGAUUGAAAACGAAGAGGAAGAGCCAACCACACCCACAGUGACCCUGCUGGUGGAGGACCGUGAUGAAGAGAGGCGGCACGAGGAGGCACACCUCAAGGAGAGCGAAUUUUACUGCUCUCAACUUUCCACUUUGUCCUGCCUAGCCAGCCUCCAUGAACACCUCCACCUCUGUUGUUCCGCCGCGCUGGCUCUGCAGAGGCUUCGCCAAGAGCGCCACGCACAUCCCUGCGCGCGUGCACGAUCAUCAGCACAACUCCCAGACCCCACGCCAACUCGAACCCCAUUGACGCCCUCUGAGAAGUCUUCAGAAGUCGAGCUGACACAAAGUGAACAGACUGCGCCUACCGACACGCCCCCUGUGACUCCUGAUCCAAUCACUGAUCCCCCAAUUUUAUUAGAGCCAAGCCACACCUCCUCCCUUCCCCAUCACAGCUACUCUGAGACUUCGGUCUCCAAAGCCACGCCCACCGAGGCCAUUCCUGACUCUCUCCCCACGGAUGACCCGCAAGAUCCGAUACCACGGUACAUGGAGCUCGUACCCGAAACGCAGACUCCCUCCAUGACCAGCACCUCUCUCUGUUCCACCUUCACCUCCACCACCUCCUUCGUCCUCACCCCCACGGCGUCACUUCUCAGCCCCGAGACGACAGAGCUUCCUGUUCCCACCAAAGAACAGCCUGUCCAUUCUGUUCCCCCACACACGCGGCCAACAGAAGUACCGCCUCUCACAGAACUUCCUGUGCCCGGCCCAGAGCCUUCUGCAGGCAGUGAAGACGUCCAGCACAAUGCUGCUCCCCUCACUUCUCAGGAAGAGCCGAUGGAGGAGGUGCAGAGCACACUACAGCGCACCGCCACGGACUUCUAUGCCGAGCUACAGAACUCGAGCGAGCCGGGCUAUGGGAACGGCAACCACGUGCACGGCUCCAACCAGAAGGAGUCAGUGUUUAUGAGGCUUAAUAAUAGGAUCAAAGCGCUGGAGAUGAACAUGUCGCUCAGCAGCAGAUACUUGGAAGAGCUCAGCCAGAGGUAUCGUAAGCAAAUGGAGGAGAUGCAACGGGCAUUCAAUAAGACCAUCAUUAAACUGCAGAACACUUCCAGAAUCGCAGAGGAGCAGGAUCAGAAACAGACAGAGGCCAUCCAGAUGUUGCAGAGCCAGCUGGAGAACGUCACCAAGCUCAUGCUUAACCUGUCGGUCACUGUGGGCCAGUUACAGAGAGAGGUGUCGGACAGACAGAGUUACUUGGUGGUGUCUCUGUUGUUGUGUCUGGCUCUGGGCCUGCUCUUGUGUACGCAGUGCUGCUGCAGCAGCUCCUCCAAUAAUAGAAGCUCUCCCAUCCCUGUGAGCAACCAUUACCCUAGUCCCAAGAGGUGUUUCUCCUCUUAUGACGACAUGAGUUUGAAACGGAAAGUUUCCUGCCCUCUUAUACGGUCCAAGUCGUUUCAGCUGCCCCCUUCAGAUGUAGGUCCUGAUGACUUGUACAUUGUAGAACCUCUAAGGUUUUCUCCAGAGAAAAAGAAAAAGCGCUGCAAAAUGAAAGGAGGAGAGAAAGCAUCUGUGACGGUCGCUAGCUGCCGCCCUGAAAGCGAGGGUGUAGGCGUGCCUCAGCUCCUGCCGACAACCUGCAACGGUGACGCGUCCACCUGCACAUCCAGAGAGGGCGUGGCCGCGGGCAGGUGCGAAGGCCCAUCUUCCUGUUCUUCAUCUACAGCAUCGGAUGAGUCCAGCUCCAGCAUCCCUUCCGUUAACGACCACUGUGUAGGUCUGAAUAAGGGGCAGCUGCCAAUGGCCAAGAGUAAGACAGAGAAGCGGGCUUUUAAGCGCCGGCGGUCUAAGAUGGCUGAUCAGCAACAGCAGCCACAAUCACAAAAGCGGUACGGAGCAGGGUUACUGCACACCCCGAUUCCGGUGGCAACGUGCGUCAUGCCCACGCUUCAGCAGCUGAUGAAGGGAAAACAGGAACUCGGCAUGGGGACUUUUGGAGUAACGGCAGUCACUGGCCAUGUCUGAGAACCCUUUCUUCAGCACUAGAUCACACGUUUGUGUAACACCCAGCUUUAUGGACUGAAAAAGUGAUCGACUCACUCCAUCAGCUGAGAGGAAAAGGGCAGACGUUGUGUUUUUGUUCUCUCUCUGCUGAGCCAGACUCUGCCACAUGUGCUCAAGCGCAGAGAAAUUUCGGCUCGCCGACAGUAACACGAUGCUCAUUUCUCUCGAGUAUCUUCAUCCUUAAGUCUUGUCAAGUACGCCAUUCAUUCUAAAGUCCUUUCCUCUUUUGUGCCUUUAUUUGUCCGUUAACAGACAAACAGAUCAAGGUGAAGGGUUGUGUGCGUGCGUGUGUGUGUGUUUCAUUUUUGAGGAGAAUCUUAUUUCUAAAGGGGUUGGGAUACAAAAAACUACUUUUGAGAAGUAUGACCGGAGUCUACUUUUUUUUUCUUCUUCUUCUUCUCUUUGCAUAAGUGGACCAGCAGGACAGCAGUGGAAGGCCAGAAGUGGAGUUUCUCCAAACUCGUUUCCUAUAUACUACCAGACAUCUCUGACCACUCGUUUCCCUUCACACCCACUCUGAUUUUCAGUACGGUCAGUGUUAGCUUCAUUCCCUAUGUUCACCCUCCCCCCCGUUGUUGGGAAACAGGUUUAUUUUUGCUCGCACUCUCCCUCUUGUAGGCUCGGGCUUCUGUGGGGGUGGGGGUGUAACUGUGUCUAGUCAUUGUGUCAUGGGACCAGUGUGAGUGAAUGUGGAUCAUGGAGCAAGUGGCUCUGUAGCACUUUAACAUCCGUAAGUCCAGUGAGCAGAACUGAAUGAAUAACAGAUCCAGCCAUUUUCCUUGUCUGUUAGUCAGACUCUCUCUGUCUGUCUCUCUGUCUCUCUCUCUCUCAAUCUCGAUAUGAAGUGUUAAAUUCGCAAAUUCAGGCAGGGCCUGAACUCUGCAGACUUUUCCACAGAGACCUGAAAUACACACCUAUGGAAAUUAUUAAAUUCAUUCAGGCUUUUUCCUGCAUCCAGACUCCAUUUUGUUUCCUCAGAUUUAUGUACUUGUAGUUCUUCUACAACCGAGGUAAAUUUAUUCCUUGUUUUUAUUCCAAAUGGUCCAUUCCAUGUUAUCUGUUACAGAUAUAUAAAUAAAUAAAUCUCUAUAAAUAGUUUGUCCUGACCCUCCUGCACAGUGGACACUGUGUACUGUUUGUUUGUUUGUUUAUUUAUUUAUUUAUUACGACGUCACUGUCGACUUGGGCUGUACGAACUUGAGGUCAUGGGUUAACAGGACAUUUUAGUUCUUAGUAUCUAUGGGGUGUCCUCAGUAUUUAUUGAUCAUUUUUUGUGUACACACACUCUUGGUUGUGAAACGUGCGAUGGUACGCCUGCGGUUUUCUCAUUUUCCGCCUUCCUCUUUAUGUAAUUCUGAGAGCGCUGGAGUCUGAACGCAAGCCAAAUGCCACUGACUACAUCACACCAUAGAUCGUUAAUAUUUGACAAGAUUCACUGUUCAAUAAUUCGUAGUAUUUUCUAAUGUGAUGAGCCAGAUGUUGGACACUGGUUAAAAUGUACGUGCCUGGCUCAAAAACGAAGCGCCCCCCCCCCCCCCCCCCCCCCUUUUUUUUUUUUUCCUUUUCCCCUCUCUCCUUUCCUUUUGUUGGUGGAUCUGUUCUGAUGAGUUCUUCAUUGGACUGGUUGCAGUUUUAAGAAUCCUUUGUGUGCGUGUGGAAAGCUGCUCUUCCUACUGAUUUUUCUAAUCUGCAUUUUCUUAUUUUUGUGAAAACACUUCUGUAUUUUUCUCAUUCCUAUAUACCCCACUGUACAUAAAGCCACAUCUUUAUCGGUAUUCUUUUACUGUGUCGCAUUCACUUUAUUUAUAUCCAUCAUUCGUGUGUCCCUGUUCGACUGGCUCACUGGACCGCUUAACAGCCCACUCUUGUUUGAUACCAUUAAGUCACUUGUUCGUGUGUCGUGUCUUUAGUCCAAAGUCGUUUGAGUGGAAAAAAAAAAAAAUUAACCAAUCAUUUCACCUCGUCUCUGACCAGAGCUCUCGAAGGAAUGUGAACUUUGUCUGGAUGGUAACCGAGGGAAAGGUUCAGGUGGUUUCAAGCACACCAUCUUAAUGUGGUUUCACGAAGUUAUUCCACAUUCAGAGGGAGAGUUAUUUUUAAUGUUCUCUGUUUAAUCAUGUUCUCCUUUCUAUAUUGUUUUGAAUGUCGAUGAAAAUGUGUUUUGAGUGUGUAUGGGUGUUUUUAAACUGUGUGGAAGAUGAUUAAUUCACCAUAUAACCCCAGUGAUUUGAGCUCGGUAUCUCAGGCUCUCACUCCCUCAGCACUUUGGAGAACUCCUCCUCAUGCCUUUAAAAGAAACACAAAAAAAAAAAAAAACCCACACACAAGCCCUUGUUUAAAAGACUUCUCCAUUCUUGUCUUGACGUGCUCUAGUGGUCAUGGGCUUGCGUAUUUAAGUGGCCAGUAGAUGAUGUCAAAUUCUACACCAGAUAAUCUGUGAGGAUGAGAUGCACAGUUUUUUUUUUUUUGAGAAACGGGCGUAAAUGUAACUACAAUGAUGUAGUGCCAAUAGAAACUGUGAAUUUCUAAAUAAAGACACUUUUUCUUUCA